AAUCCAAAUGUUGCCCCCAUUUGCCCUAUACAGGUUUCUUUUAUCUCUCUGAGCCUCAGUGACUUCAUCUGAAAAAUGGAGAUGAUGCCUAUGUGGCUGAGAUCCCAAAGACUUAAAGACAAUGCAUUAGGAAAGCACCUAGCACAGUGCCUACGAAGAUUUUAUUAUUAUUAUUUCCAAAAGGACAGACAUCAUUUCUCCUAAACCCUUUAAAUAAUCUAGCAAAAUCAGGGUUAUUAAUACCUACAUCAUGGAGAAAAAAAUACACUAACUAAAAUUAUGAUUAUGAUAAAUUAUUAUGCUAAUAAACUAUAAAACAUUAAAGCACUAAGAUUUUUUAAAGUCUGUAAUAAGAAACUGAAAUGGCUACUUUAAAAAGUCAAGGAAUUGGCCAUCUAAUCUAAACAAUUUCAACAUCCCAUCAGUAGCUCAAAGCUGAAGAAAAUACAAGAGAAUGUCUCUAAUAGUACUAUAAAUGUUAAAACAGCCUCUGGACGAAAGAGAAAGUUGUAAAUAUCCAGCUGGCCAAUGUUCAAUUCCAACAGCAAAGGAGGUGGUCUUCAAAGCCCCAACACACAGGGGUACCCAAUAAACCCCAGCACAGCAACCCAGAUCCACAAGCCUCUAGUCCCUUCUUAAGCUUCAUUCAAAGGGCAAAGAGGGGGUACGCAGCACUCCCAAGGGCAUCUAAUUCUGAAGGAAAAGAUUCAAAUAUAAACUCCUGUGACGGGAUUACGGCAAAGAGGGGAGCACGCAAGGGGAGCAAACACAUAUUUCCCACUCUGUUCCUGGUAGCCUCUAUACAGAAGUCUUAAGACACCUUUGUCAUAUGCACAGAAGAUCAAAGGAAAGUGUGCAUUAGAUUUCUAUUCACCACAGAAAGGAAAGUAUAACCAGUGAUGAAAACUGCUUACAGCUGAAAACUAUAUUAAUUAUCUUUUGAAAACUGCCAUCUGAUGCCUUCAUAAUUAUUUCAGUUCAUUAAACUCCUUAAGCUUUUUCUUCUACUGUAUUUACUUUCAAAGCUAAGGUUAUCUAGGAAUGUCUACCUAGAAUUUCUUAUUUUAGCAAGAAAGUAAUUCUCUCUCCACAAUCCAAUCAGAACCUAGAAUAUUCAACAAAACAGCAAUACAUCAGCCAGGCAAGGAAAAACUCCAUGAAAAUUGCCCAAAGUGACAAAAACAAACUUAAAUCAUAAAACUCUUUGGUGUACUCUCAAUAGGCUAAUUAUAAAACAUACAUUACAACCACACAUCUGUAAAAGCUUAGCACCUAUGUAAGUCUUGUCCUAAUACCAAGUCUGGUUUCAAAGGAUUUGCAGACAGUUUCACAUGAAGCUUCUAAAUGAUUUCUAUUUAUUUACAAAUAAGAACACUUAAAAUACUUAACGCAUUCCUUUUUAUCAUGAGUUAUUCAGGUAUUUUGUUAUUUACACAUAAUAUUUGGUCAAAUUAGUAAAUACUUGAUUGCCUGCACUUGUGCAAAGAAGAUACAGUAGUGUCAAACGAGCAUGAACCACAAUCAUCACCCUCAGGAACUUUACAGUAUGCUCGGAAAAAUGUUUAAAUGUCAAACUAUAUUUUAACAGUUAUUCAAAGAAACAAUACUUAAUCAGUAAACACCCUCUUAUGUACAGAUAAAAAGAGAGCAAGCUGUCAGACUAGGAAAGCCUUCGCAAGUUAUAGUCAGGGAAGCAUUCCAAAGAAAGCACAACAUGAAUGAGGUCUCCAAAUUUAGGGAAUAAUAACUAUAAAACAGGUAAGGGCUUACUAAUUUACUCUUGAUUUCAGAGAAUUCCAGCCUAAGAUGGAUGGCAGUAAUUGCAAAGUUAUAGCUCCUCUCCUAACUCAGAGAUACCGAAGGAUGGUCACCAAGGAUGGCCACAGCACACUUCAAAUGGACGGCGCUCAAAGGGGCCUCGCGUAUCUUCGAGAUGCUUGGGGAAUCCUAAUGGACAUGCGCUGGCGUUGGAUGAUGUUGGUCUUCUCUGCUUCUUUUGUUGUCCACUGGCUUGUCUUUGCAGUGCUCUGGUAUGUCCUAGCUGAGAUGAAUGGUGAUCUGGAACUAGAUCACGAUGCCCCACCUGAAAACCACACUAUCUGUGUCAAGUACAUCACCAGUUUCACAGCGGCAUUCUCCUUCUCCCUGGAGACACAACUUACAAUUGGUUAUGGUACCAUGUUCCCCAGUGGUGACUGUCCAAGUGCAAUCGCCUUACUUGCCAUACAAAUGCUCCUAGGCCUCAUGCUAGAGGCUUUUAUCACAGGUGCCUUUGUGGCGAAGAUUGCCCGGCCAAAAAAUCGAGCUUUCUCAAUUCGCUUUACUGACUUAGCAGUAGUAACUCACAUAGAUGGCAAACCCAAUCUUAUUUUCCAAGUGGCCAACAUUCGACCUAGCCCUCUAACCAGUGUUCGGGUCUCAGCUGUACUCUAUCAGGAAAGAGAAAAUGGCCAGCUCUACCAGACCAGUGUGGAUUUCCACCUUGACAGCAUCAGUUCCGAGGAAUGUCCAUUCUUUAUAUUUCCACUAACCUACUAUCACUCCAUUACACCAUCAAGUCCUCUGGCUACUCUGCUCCAGCAUGAAAAUCCUCCCCACUUUGAACUAGUGGUGUUCCUUUCAGCAAUGCAGGAAGGCACUGGAGAAAUAUGCCAAAGGAGGACAUCCUACCUACCCUCUGAGAUCAUGAUACAUCACUGUUUUGCAUCGCUGCUGACCCGAGGUUCCAAAGGUGAAUAUCAAAUCAAGAUGGAGAAUUUUGACAAGACUAUCCCUCAACUUCCACCUCCUCUGGUGUCUAAGAGCCCAAACAGGACUGACCUGGAUAUCCACAUCAAUGGACAAAGCAUUGACAAUUUUCAGAUCUCUGAAACAGGACUGACAGAGUAAGACUUACCCAUGGUACCCUUCUUUUUUAAUGUAUUAAAUAUACCCAACUAGUUAUACAGCUA